GCAGUUGCGUUUCCUCCGUUAAAGGUCAGUUUGGAAGCGAAUCUGCGUGUUUGCUGAGGAGGGAGAGAAGCCCGGAGGAGGCGGCGCGGGGGAGCGGCACGGAAAUGUCAGCAGAGGCGGAGAACACGACGAAGGAGGCCGCCGCGGGCAAUACGGCGGCCGGCGAAGACGAGGAACACUGGCUAUAUGGAGAUGAAAACGACCCAAAUAAACAGGAGGAGGAAGCGGCCGUUGACAGCACUGAAGCACCAGCUCCAGCUGCUACGGUAGAAGAAACGAGAGGGAAUGGUGUAGUGAAAAUGAAUCCUACAGCUGAAGGGGAGGAUGAAAGUGACAGUGAUAGUGAUGAUGAUGAUGAUGAUGUUCAAGUUACAAUUGGUGACAUAAAAACUGGAGCACCUCAGUACACCUAUGGUGUAACACCUGUAAAUCUCAAUAUCAAGUCUUCAAGUAGACUUUAUGGAUCAGGAACAAAAGCUGGUAAAGGAGUUGACCUUGAUGCUCCUGGUGAUAUUAAUGGGAUCCCAACAUUAGAAAUAGACUUGGAUUCUUUUGAAGAUAAACCUUGGAGAAAACCAGGUGCUGAUCUUUCUGAUUACUUCAAUUAUGGCUUCAAUGAGGAGACCUGGAAAGCCUACUGUGAGAAACAAAAACGUCUAAGAAUGGGUCUUGAACCUCUUCCUCUUGCUUCAGCUACGAACAGAAUUACAGUACAGCAGGGUAGAACUGGAAAUCCUGAGAAAGAGCCAGAGAUACCACCCCCCAAGAUGGAUUUCCCUUCUCCUCCAAAUCGUUUCAGAGCAGGACCUCCACCCAACAGAAGGCUGUCUGGUUCUAUAGAGGUUAUUGGAGGCCAAUUAAUAACCAUUGCUCGUGUGGAAGGACGACGUCGUGACAGGGGUGGAGCAGAAGAAAAUGCCAUCCAGGUUCUUGGAGACCACGUUGUACCAGAAUUUAACAACAAUAACGCUGCAAAGCGUCCUUCAUUUAUGCCUCCAGGGGCACCUCCACCUCAUAUGACUGGUCCACCUCCUCCAUUCAUGCCUCCUCCUCCACCUGUCAAUACGGGACCUCCUAUACUUCACCCACCAGGAAUGCCUUUAACUACUCCACCUCCAGGUUUUCUGCCUCCACCUGGAGCUCCUCCACCCUCACUUGUACCACUAGAUAGUGGACCUCCAGCAUAUAACAGCCGGACUGCUCCUCCAUUUGGUUAUCCCACCAAUGAUUAUGGUAAUCUAUCAUAUCCGAAUAUCCCAGUUUCUUCUUGGAGUACCUUAAUUGACAACAACAAACAACCAGCACAACAACAGCAACAUCAAUGGGAUUAUUAUCCACGGAGAGAGAGGGAAAGGGACCGUGAUCGUGAAAGAGAUCGCAACAGGGAGCGAGAACGUGAUCGGGACAGGGACCGCGACCACGAGCGAGAACGUGACCGCAGCCCUAGUUCAAGUGCCUACAAUGGUGAAGAAAGUCGAUAUAGACACAGAGAAUACUCUUCAGAUAAAGGUUAUGAUCGUGAUUACCAUCACCGAGAUAAAGGUAGCAGGGAAAAAGAAGACAGGCACAAAGAACGCCGACACCGUGACAAAGAGGAGGGGAGACACAAAUCUUCCAGAAGUAGAAGACGCCAUGACAGUGAAGAAGUAGAUGGCCACAAACGACAUAAACACAAGAAAUCAAAGCGAAGCAAGGAAGAUAAAGAAGCCAGUGAAGAGCGUUCCCAAGAACCAGAGCCAAGUGAAGCUGCUAACAGUAAUUAGAUAUCUGGGUCUUUGGCUGUUGGCUACGUUGUUACUAAAAAUAGGAAGAAAAAUGUUGGAAAUGCUUGAAAUAUCAUUCAGGUAAUGGCAAAUCUCAUCUGAAUUUCUGAAGACGGCAGAACUUCAGUAAUUUGAAAGACUGUUGAAGAGUGGUGCUUCUCAGCACCAAUUGUGUUGUUAAAAACUGAAUUACUAUGUUUGUAUUAGUUUAUUGAAGAUGAAUAAAAU